UCCGAUUACGGUUUUCAAAUUAGUAUUUUUUAAUUAGAAUAUGAAUAACAUAAGUAUGAUUUACAAUACUUUUUGUUGUUGAACGAAUAUCUUGUGUAUUAAAUAUGUAUUUAAAACAACUUUAUUGUGUGUGCCAUGCAUGUAUGGGCCGUUGAUUGGUAAUUCGUGCCGAGUUCAAGUGGACACAUGAUUACAAACAAAGUCUAAUAUCGGGGCUUGUGCAAGUCUAAAGCUUACACGAUAGUGAUUCUCGAGAGGUUUAAAUAUAGCAAAUUGCAAACUAUUGAACCAAUCAAAUCGACGGGCUAAAAAAAGAAUAGGUAUUGCACCAUGACCAGUAAACAGUGUUAUUUAAACGCGAGAAACUCGAGUUUUUAACAGAGUGAACUUCACUAGAGAACGAUCAAGAGAUAGAAAUGGUGUACAAAAUUGACAAAUGCCGGGUUCAUUCCGGGAACACACUGCGAGCCUCCAAUUCAAGGUACAACCGUCAGUAUAGAAAGCAGUCAUGUCUGGUAAGACAGUCUCAAAACGUUGCCAAGGUAACCACAAUUCUGGAAGAACUAGGUUUGAAUAUGGACAACGUUGCUUACUCCCUCAACAAAAAAGGCAGAUGGCUUGUGCCGCAGGUCCUGAAACACGAGAUAUUAACCGGAAGUCAAGCAUUUGAUGAUGUGAAAGUGAAUCUGGUAGAGUCCCAUAAAUUAAAAAAGCAAGCUAAAUGUACAGGGUUUCACUCCAACAAAGGAUUAUUACGCAGAGUGAUUCCGAAGGGGAAAACCUACUUCAAUUCCAGGAGUGUGCUUGGUCACCAAGAAGAGUCAACAACUCCAACGAUGACCGUGAAUGUCCUUUACCCGUGCCCGGUAACAAGUUCCAUCACCCAUAAUCCUAAGUAUAUCCGGGCUGAGGAACAUACCCCUGGAGAUUUUGAGCUGGACUCAACUGACAAGAUACCUAAGCAAACCAACCCAAUUAAAAGUAAAUCUAAGAAGAACCGCAGGAAAAUAGGAACAAAGCGAAUAUUGAACGACUUUCUAGACGAUGUCGAAUAUCUAGAGAGCGAAGAGCAUGAUUUUGAUGACCCGUGUAGAGUUGAUGACGUAUGUAAAAGGUCAAAUACUGUGUCUGUUGACGAUUUACUCCAUCAUUCAUGGCGAAUGCAAAGUAACCUCAGAGAAACAACGAUGAAAAAAUCCACAAAUCACUGUAGUGAAUUUAAAGACAAGAUAGUGUACAUGGAAAGACCCCAGGAGGGUGUAGAUAAAAAUGAUACGAACAGGACAGAUUACCGGAAACCAGCCCAGCCCACGGCCCUGACACCUGGUGCCAAAGUGUUUAUCCCAAACAGUGACGUCAUUCCGGAGAGACUUUUGGACACAUACGGUAAAGACUACACCGAAUGUCAUUGCUAUCCAAGAAAAUUUAUCAUUGACAUCACAAAGAGAGUUAAAAAGACAACUUCCAAUUCGAAAGCUUUCUACGAUCAAGAUAUGCAGUCCGUUGACUUUUCCUCAGCUCUUGUUUUCGUCUACGAUAUGUUUGGCGGUAUCGACAGCGCUGAUUUAGGUUUAUUUAGAGUUUCCCUCAACAUGAACACCACACUCAAUUAUAAAUUGAAUAUCAAUACAAUACUAGAGGAAGACGUCCUUGCUGUUGAGGGAGUGAUAAACGGAGCUACAAAAUACAUUGGAACCAUUCCAUACGACCAAUUUGUCCACAAGUCGCCAGCUUACAACUGUAGCAGUUCUUCUACAACUGAUUUCGAAAUGUUGAGUAAAAGCAUUGGACCCAUAACAAAGACAUUUACUCCAGAUUAUGUAACUGUUCAAGACAUUAUCAACAACAAAGAUGAAGCAGAAACGCACGGAAUAUCUCAAGCAUGCUUGGGAAUGGUAACGCCCCCUCCGGAUAUAUGCUCCAUUUGUUUCGGACCAAUUUCAGAAGGCUCAGCUACAGCUCUACAGAGCUGUGGACACUGGUUUUGUAAUACCUGUUGGAAUGAACAUUUAAUCGCGUCAGAAAAUGGCGUAUUAGGAGCUGUCACGUGCCCUGAAUACAACUGCAAAUCAAAAGUCGUCUUCAAUGUCUUACUGACGAUGUCACAUUUUAGACUCGUAGAACGCAUUUUCCGUCGGAUUCGAAACAAUAUAAUUGAGACCGACUCCAACACGAAAUGGUGUCCGAACAAAAACUGCGGACGAAUAGUUAAGUAUAAGAAAACAAGCAAGGGACAAUGCUCAAAUGUAACCUGCGACUGCGGUACACAGAUGUGUUUUGAUUGCCUACAACCGGCCCACUGGCCGCUACCAUGUGACCAGUAUACAUCAUACGCAGCUCAACUACGUGAAAACGGAGAUGACCGAUUCUACAUUAAAGCAUCGUCAGAUACACGCAUAGAUUUUAUUAGAGGAAAGGAAUGCCCGAAAUGCAAGCGUUUUAUAGAGAAAGACGGUGGAUGCUUCCACAUGACCUGCGUGUGUAAUACGUCAUUCUGUUGGGGAUGCGGUAAACCUUUUCCAGGUCAUGUGAUCACAAGUUCCUGUAAUUAUUCAGGUAGACGAAACGACGAUGGAAACGGAUUCAGAGCUACAGCGGUAGAACUGAUAGAUGAGGUGAAAUCCACAGCCCCCGUUUCAUCAAACGCUUAUAAACAUGCUGUCCAAAACCGAUUUCUGCGCCAACCGGCCAACGUCAGGCGAAUGUCAUCUGUAGUGCAUGGGAUUUCGCUCAGACUCCUGAUUUUGAACCGUCGUCAUGGUAACCGCAUUGGUGGUGAGCUAGCAGAGUUCCAACCUUCCAAGUCAGCUCACGAUCUGUCAGUUAGAGAGAAGUUUGGACCUUUCCUUCACAGCAUGGUCCGUGUUUACAUAGAAAUCUCACACAUUACCGAAUAUACAACAAUAUUCUUAGCCAGUGCUAAUAACAUGGAGCGAAUUGGACCUUCUAAACAUGUUGUGUCUGCCAUUCUGCAUCAUUUGGAAGGCUUAGGAGAGGAAAUAGUCUUCAUAUUCCGCUUAGCCAGUCAACAAGAAACAAGGAAUUGUAUUUCCCGAUUGUGGCAAGUGCGCCUCCAGUGUAGAAAAGCAGUUGACAAUUUAUUCAAGUUAAUAAGUUGUUAAAUAUUCACAAGGCCUAUUCAAAAGAAAUUUGACACAAAUUGUAUAACUUAAAAACGUCCUUUUCCAUAAUCAUGUAUACAAUGGUAUUAACAAAUGACAGCAUUUGCGAUAUAAUAAAAAAGAUUUAUGACAUAUUUAUAUAUAUAGAAAAUAUAAAAAAUAACUUUGUUAUGUAAGGUGACAAUACACAAUACGUAUGCUUACGUAUACCAAUACCCACAAUUUACAUCAAAUUUAUUGAAACCCAUUAAGCAAAUAAAUUCAAUGACCACGACUUAGUUAUUAAAGUGAAUAUCAUACACAACAUACAUUAUAACAAGUAAAAUACUGAUAUAUCAACAAAUGUGUGAAAAGUACGUAUAUACAUGUAUAUACAGUGUAUAUUGAUGCUGUUGUUCAUUUUACGUCAUUUUCCCCGCUCGUCUCGACUGUAAUAAGUUAUUUCAAUAACAUUAUCUGAUUUCAUAAUUCUUUUGUUUAUAUUUGUCAAACAUGUCAAAUGCAUGUUCAUUGCUUCUAUUCAAAAUAUUAAUGUCAAUUAUCAAUGACCUUAGAGUUGAAAAUAUAACAUUAACGAUUUAAUUGACGACAAGCAGAUUAAGCAUUAUAUAUUGUGGAAAUAAGGUCAAUGGUAUUAUCUGUAUAUUUGAUAGGUGAAGAAGAAAGUGUUAUCUAAAAAUAAAGCAACAUAUAAUUAUUGAAUAGACCAUCUAAAACGUUUUAUUAUUCUGAUAAGAUGUGAGUACUUACUGAUAUGCCAAACUUAUUCAGUAAAAGGAGGUGUAUAACUUUAACAAAUUACGAAUAAAUGUUAAAUUUA